AGGGCAGAGUAGAAGGGGAGGAUCACCUCCCUCAACCUGCUGGCCACGCUGUUUUUAAUGCACCCCAGGAUAUCAUUGGCCUUGGCUGCAAGGGCAUACUGCUGGCUCAUGGCCAACUUGUUGUCCGCCAGGACCUCUAGGUCCUUCUCUGCAGAGCUUCUGUUUAGCAGGUCAUCCCCUAAUCUGUACUGAUGCAUUUCUCCCCACGUGCAGGACUCUACACUUGAUUUUUUUUUUGAACCUCAUCAGGUUUCUCUCUGUCCAAAUCUCCAGACUGUCCAGGUCCUGCUGAAUUGCAGCACAGUCUUCUGGCAUGUCUGCCACUCCUCCCCAUUUUGUAUCAUCAGCAAACUUACUGAGGGUGGACUCUAUCUCUUCAUCCAUGUCAUUAAUGAAGAUGUUGAACGAGAUCAGACCCAGCACUGACUCCUGGGAAACACCGCUAGUUCUAGGGCUCCAGGUGGACUCUGUUUCAUUGAUCACAACUGUCUGAGCUCUGCCAGUCAGCCAGUUCUCAACCAGCUCACUGUACACUUAUCUAUCCCACACUUUCUAAGCUUCAUUACAAGGAUGCUGUGGGAGACAGUGUCAGAUGCUUCGCUGAAGUCAAGGUACACAACAUACACUGCUCUCCCCUCAUCAACCCAACCAGUGAUGACAUCGUAGAAGGCUACCAGGUUGGUCAAGCACUAUUUCCUCUUGGUGAAUCGCUGUUGACUAAUAAGCUUCUCAUCUAAUUGCUUGGAGGUGGCAUCCAGAACAAGUUGUUCCAUCAGCUUUCCAGGGACUGAGGUCAGGCCCUUUUUCCACAUUUCUUGGACCUUCUUCUUCCCUUUAAGUUUAUCCAUUAGCUCUUUUUAGUGCAGGUAUUUACCUUAUCAGUAGGAGAAGGUCUGGAGCACUUGGAACAAUCACCCACCUGAACCGAGGUCUCCUUUCUUACCAGUUCUAUCUGGACAGAUGCAUCUAACAUCUGGGAUUUCGCUGAAGAGGCACUGGUUUUAGCCCUCAGGUUCAUGAAUAGAUUGAAGAAAAUAUGGCCAAUCAACGAGAUUACAUUUGCAGACCUAUUUGCAAUGGAAUUUCUGUUCCUGAAAGUAAAAUUAAUUCCUUAGUGGCUGAAGGUCAUGGACAACAAAUUCUAAAAGUACUACAAAAGUUCAGAGAACAAAAUAUAUUUUUUGACUUUAAAAUUAUUGUGAAAGAUGAAGUCAUUCCUUGUCAUCGCUGUGUACUGGCAGCUUGCAGUGAUUUUUUCAGAGCCCUGUUUGAAGUUAAUAUGAAAGAACGAGAUGAUGGCAAUGUUACUAUUAGUAAUCUAUCACCCAAGGCAGUGAAAGCUUUUCUUGAUUACGCUUACACAGGAAAAACAGAGAUAACAAAUGAUAACGUGGAAAUGCUCUUCCAGCUGUCAUCAUUCCUUCAAGUUUCACUCCUUUCCAAAGCUUGCAGUGACUUUCUCAUAAAAAGUAUCGAUCUUGUCAAUUGCUUACAGUUGCUUUCUCUGUCGGAAAGUUAUGGUUCUGUCCGCUUAUUUGAUCAUGCACUAGAUUUUGUACAGCACCACUUCUCCCUGCUACUAAGAUCAAGUGACUUUUUGGAGAUGAAUUUCGAGAUAUUACAAAAAUGUCUUGAAGCUGACGAACUAAAUGUCCCUGAGGAAGAAUCAGUGUUGAAUGCUGUUCUUCAGUGGACCAAACAUAAUGUAGAAACGCGACAGAAGUAUCUGCCCAAUUUGAUCAAAAAAGUGAGGCUACACCAGUUACCUGAAAAGACUUUGCAAGACUUUCUGCAUUCGGAAGAAUAUUUACUUAAAAGUGCUAAUUGUUCAGUAAUAAUCAGUGAUGCAGUUAAAAGUGUGCAAGACUUUAGCGGACUAUUUCCAGAUGCACGCCCUUCAACAACAGAAAAAUACAUAUUUGUUCAUAAAACUGAUGAAGACGGAGAAAACAGGCAUACAUUUUGUUACAACAUCAAAACAGAUAAAUGGAAAGAACUACCACAUACACACAUGAUUGAUCUUCCAGGGUCAAGCUUAUCUAGCUACGGAGAAAAAAUAUUUAUAACUGGAGGAUGCAAAGGGAAUUGUUACAGGACGGUCAGGCUUCAUAUUGCUGAACCGUUUCAUGAUGCCACGGACCAAACCUGGUGCUACUGUCCAGUCCGCAAUGAAUUCUCCAUAGUGUCAGCUAUGAGAAAACCAAGGACAAUGCACACAUCUGUUGUCACCUUAAACCAGUUGUUUGUCAUAGGUGGAAAGACCAGAGGAGCUCAAGAAACCCGAAGUCUUUUGGAUGUAGAAUCAUAUAAUCCUCUUUCCAAAGACUGGAAAUCUGUAAGCCAAUUACCAAGAGGUAUCUACUAUCCAGAAGCAAGUGCAUGUCAGAAUAUAAUUUACGUCCUUGGCUCAGAAGUAGAAAUUACAGAUGCCUUUAAUCCGUCUCUUGACUGUUUCUUUAAGUAUAACGCUAUGACUGAUCAGUGGUCGGAGCUCGUAGCAGAAUUUGGGCAGUUUUUCCACGCAACUCUAAUCAAAGCUGUUCCAGUGAACUGCACAUUGUACAUAUGUGAUCUCUCCACCUACAAAGUCUACAGCUUUUGCCCAGAAACCUGUGUUUGGAAAGGGGAAGGAUCUUUUGAAUGUGCUGGAUUCAAUGCAGGGGCAGUUGGGACAGAAGACAAAAUUUAUAUAUUAGGCGGUGAUUAUGCUCCAGAAGAAAUCACAGAUGAAGUUCAAGUCUACCACAGUAACAGGUCUGAGUGGGAAGAAGUUUCCCCAAUGCCAAGAGCCUUAACUGAAUUUUACUGUCAGGUCAUUCAGUUUAAUAAGUAUAGGGACCCCUGGUCAUCUGUAAUGACAAUUUGCUCUGGAGAAUUUUGAAAUUCCUGAUUCAAAAUAAUCUAUUUAAAUGCACAAGUUUUAGAACAGAUUUUUCAGUAUUAGUUUGCAGAAAAAUAUGUACUAUUUUUGUUUUAAAUCUUCAGUUUAAAUUGUCUGCUAUAGAAAUGUUUUCGAAAGGGUCUAUAAAAUUCCCAUUCAUCCUAGUCAUUAUAUAUUAAGAAUUACUUAGUUUUAUAUACAAAUCUUCUCUGUAAUUGUCUGAAUAAUUUUCAAAAUACUACUUUAAAAAAAAAAAGUAAUGGGGAAUUUAUUUUGUAAUAUGUGCCAUUAUUUCUGUAAUAAUCACAGUUGACCCAGGAGAUAAAUUGCUGAGUGAGAAAACCGAUAGCGAUACUGUUUUCCCUAUGUAACUGAAGUGUAAAGAAAUCUACAUUCAUGAUGUUUCCCUUUUUUUUCCCUUUUUUUUUGGUAUUCACAAACCUGUUAGAGGACUUCAUUGUCAGUUUUAUCUUAUUAGAAUGACCUGGGCAAGGGGA